AUGCCUCUCGAGGUCAUCUACGUUACCCGCCACGGCUUCCGGUCUACCUGGAGUGUCGACCCUUCCACAGGCAUCUACUCAGCGUCCAUCCCCUCGCCCACUGGCAUCCCCGCAGACCCAGCCUUGACCUCCCAUGGAGUCGCUCAGGCAAAGCAGAUGGGUACCCACCUGAUGACCCUGGACCCUCCAGUCGACGUCGUGUACUCUAGUCCCUACUACAGGUGUCUUGAGACCAUCACCCCUUUCGUGGAGCUCAAGAAGCAGCAGCUAGAAAAUGCACCUGCUGGAACCGACGCUACGGCGGCAACCAUCCGUCCCGAGUAUGGACUCUGUGAAUUCUUUGGCGCGGCUCCGUUCAAUCAUCCAAUCCCAGCGUCACCCGAGAAACUAAAGGCUUUCUUCCCGUCUUAUGAUGACACAUACGCUUCCGCCUUGGCGCCGUCGAGAAAGGGGGAAGGGAUUGAUGACCUUUACCGGAGAGUUGCCGGGGCAAUGCAAUCCAUUAUCGACCGCUGUGACGCGGAAGGAAAACGCGCAGUGGUCUUAUGCACCCAUGCCGCCGUCGUCAUUGCUCUGGGCCGUGUCCUCACCGGCCGUAUUCCAGACAGUGUUGAAACAAAGGACUUCCACGCCUACACCUGCGGGUUAAGCGUCUACCGCAGACAAGGCGCACAGGGCAGCGUGACUACGGAACGCGCGUCUGGUAUGUCGGCUGCCGACGCGGAAGACAUGGGAAAUUGGGAAUGCGAGCUCGAUAGCGAUUGCAGUUUCCUAAGCUCUGGAGAAGAGCGAGGCUGGAUGUUUUCAGGGGAUGAGUCCUUUGCUGGAACUGGAUCAAUGUCCCAAGAGCCAGAUGCGAAACUGUAG